GCAUGUAAUCUAAGAUAUAGUAACGUAAUAGCUACGAUAGUUUUGUCAAAUUCCAGUCUUUAAUUAAUUUCCAGGACUUUCUCUGCUUUUUCGACGAUGAUUGAUCGCAGUACUAUGGCUCACCCCGUGCACGAAGCCAGCAAGAGCCACCCCAUGGGCAGCUUCACCGGGGAAGAGUUCUUCAGUAAGCAUCGAAUCGUUCACCGCGAAUCGUUCAUGCUCAACCGGCAGGGCAUGAAGAUCUUCACGCAGUCAUGGCAGCCGGCGGCGCUGCAGCCGCUGCGCGGCGUCGUGGCGAUGAUCCACGGCUACGCGUGCGACAGUAGCUGGGUCUUCCAGCUGACGGCCGUGGCAGUCGCGAAGCUUGGGUUCCUGGUGUGCGCUCUAGACCUCCGGGGCCACGGCCGCUCCGAGGGCCGGCGGGGGCACCUCCCGAGCGUCGCUCCGGUCGUGGACGACUGCAUUGAGUACUUCGAGUCGGUUAGGGCGAUGCACCCCCGUCUCCCGGCCUUCCUCUACGGCGAGUCGCUCGGGGGAGCCAUGGCCGUGCUGGUCUGCCUCCGGCAGCAGCAGAAAAGCAGGUUCUGGAGCGGCCUCAUCCUGCACGGCGCCAUGUGCGGCAUCACCUCGAAGUUCAAGCCGCCGUGGCCGCUGGAGACUCUGCUGCCGCUGGCAGCGUGGGCGGCGCCGCGGUGGAGGGUGGUGCUGACGAAGUCGCUGGUGGAGAAGUCGUACAAGCAGGGGUGGGUGAGGGAGCUGGUGAGGCGGAACCCGAGGACGGAGCGGAAAUGCGAGUACGCGCCGGCCGCGACUGCGCUGGAGAUGAUCAGGGUGUGCGGGGAGGUCACGAGGAGGAGCGGCGAUCUGGAGGUGCCGCUGCUGGUGGUGCACGGGGCGGAGGACGCGAUCUGCGACGUGAAGUCGGCGAUGGUGGUGUACGCGCGGGCGAGAAGCAAAGACAAGACGCUUAAGAUUGUGGCGGGGAUGUGGCACCAGCUGGUCGGAGAGGAGGCGGAGACGGUAGAAGAGGGAUUCGGGAUCAUCUUCGCCUGGCUGAUGGAAAGAGCCGAAAAAGCAUCUUCUUCCUUCUCCGGCCAAGGCUCCCCCUUCGAUAUUGAUUAAUAAUAUAUUAUAAUAAUUAUGAUAUAUAUAUAUACAGAAAUGAUAUGCUACGGACAAAGUCGUGCGAAUCGCUACGGACUUACCUUCCUGAUCGAUCACCAGUCCGAUCAGGGAACCUCCUGAUCGGUCUACAGACCGAUCAGAAAAUGAUCGGUUCCCUGAUCGGUCACCAGACCGAUCAGGGGUGGUGGUCUGGUGACCGAUCAAGAAAGCAUGUCCACAGCGAUCCGCUCGGUUUUAUCCGCAGUAUAUUAUUUCUAUAUAUAUAUAUAUAUAGGGGAUACCAGAUUCCCCUGCAGAAAAUUAUAUGAAAUUUAAUUAUAUGAUGUCCUGUACAGUGUGAGUGUGGGCUCCAGCACCUUUUGAGAUUUUUUGCUUUCAGGACUGCUUGUCAUGGAUAUUUCAUUAAUGAAAUUUAAUGAUUCUUAA